UUCAAGCAGUAUAUAAAAUGACAUCAGAGUUUUGUUUUAAGAAUGUUUUAGAUAAAAAUUCCAGUCAAUCGGCAAUAAAUACAGGAGAUUCUUCUGGAAAGAUUACAUCUACAAAUACACCAGCAACACCAGUUGCGCCUUUAUCAUUAACAUCAACGGCUUUUAAAUUCGGAGAUAGUACAACACCAGCUGGUCAGCCUCCUGCACAUCCACUUGGGAAAGUGGGUGGUAAUGAUGGUCGUACUUUAGAAAAUAAAGGAUUUCAAUUAGGGACAUCAGGGACGAUAUUUGGAACAGUAGCAGAUUCUAUGACAUCUUCUUCAUCAACACCUUUUGUUUUUGGUUCAGGAAUACCUCAAUUAGAUUCUAAAUCAGCAGCUCAAAAUAAAACUACAUCAUUUACUUUUGGUUCUUUGUCGGAAAAAAAUACACAAACAUCUCAAGAAAAGCCGAUAGAAUCUACACAACCUUUUUCUUUUGGUGCUUCUACAACUUCUUCUACGAUAUUGGAAUCGGGAGCUACUACAAAGACAGAAGUACCAACUGUUUCAGUCGAAAAGUCUUCUGUUCCUUCUAAUAAUUUAAAACCAACAGCUACGUUUUCUUUUGGAAAUUCAUCUACACAACAAAAUUUUUUAAAACCUUCUUCAUUUUCCGUUCAGAAACCACAAGAACCUAAGCCAACAUUUACAUUUGGAGCAACAUCUACCGCUGGUGCAAAAACUACGUCAGUAGACGCUAAGGGAUCUGAAGAACCUAAACUCUCCUUUACAACAGAUACCUCGGCUUCUACAACUUCAACUUUAUUUAAUCCUCCGACAUCUGUUUCUUCAAAUAUUCCGAGUUUUGGAACAAAAGAUUCUUCACAAACAUCAAUCAAACCCUCUUCAGAAACAGUUUCAUCGACUUCAGCUACUUUUACUGUACCCAAAACAUUAUCAGGAACUUCUACUCAGGAAAUUGGAGGAUCGAAUCUUAAAAAUAAAACUUUAAAAGAUAUUAUUAAUAAAUGGACAAGGGAUUUAGAUAACUAUUCGAGACAGUUUAUUCAACAAGCAACAGAAGUUUCAAAAUGGGAUAGACUUUUAAUAGAGAGCGGCGAUAAGAUUUCAAAGUUGUAUGCAGAUACUAUCGAAGCAGAGCAAACACAAUCAAAAAUAGAUCAAACGUUGACAUAUAUUGAAAGUCAGCAGAAUGAAAUGUCUGCUUUUCUGGAUCAAUAUGAAAGUCAAGUUCAGGAAUUAAGUGAAAGACAGUUUUGUAGACCAGAUGGAAUGCAGCCAGCAGAUCAAGAAAGAGAAAAAGUGUAUACUCUUGCUGAAAAAUUAACAGAAAAACUUGAUGGACUUGGGAGAAAUUUGGGAUCUAUGAUAGAUGAAAUUAAUGCUGCAUCCAAUUUAAUUAAUAAAACAAGUGAAGAUGAUCCACUUUCUUCGAUUGUCAAAAUUCUUAAUUCACAUCUUUCAAGUUUGCAAUGGAUUCAAUCUACAACUACAAAAUUACAUUAUAAAAUUGAUGAAGUAAAAAAAGCAGAACAUUCGAUAGAAAAACAACUUGAAGAGAAUGCUUUCUAUGAUGGACAAAAUAUCGGGUUCUCCUAAUUUAUUAAUAAAUUCUUAAAUUGUUAUGAGUACAUUUUAAAUCGUUUUUUCUCUCGAAAUUCCUUUAUUUUUUCUUUAUCUUCUUCAAAUUUCU